AUGGCGAAUCCCGAACGCACUUUAAGGGAAUGGGCAGCACCCAACGUCGCCGAGCAACCUCUUUGCAUCACUUAUCCGUCGGAAGAGGUAAGUGCUGAACUUAAAACUGGUUUAAUACACUUACUACCUCGUUUUCAUGGUUUAGCUAAUGAAGACCCAUACAAGCAUAUGACCGAGUUCCACAUGGUAUGCUUGGGGAUGAAGCCGCAAGGCACGACGGUGAAGAAUCUCAAGCUGAAGGCAUUCCCAUUCUCCCUAGUUGACGCAGCUAUGGAGUGGCUUUUCUACUUACCGUCGGGAUCCAUCACCACUUGGGCGCAAAUGGCGAGAGCAUUCCUCGACAAGUACUUUCCCGCAUCCAAAGCCGCCAGACUUAGAAGAGAGAUAUGUGGGAUCAAGCAGAAGGACAUGGAAUCUUUAUACGAGUAUUGGGAGCGCUUCAAGCGCCUUUGUGUAAGUUGUCCUCAACAUGGUAUUUCUGAUGAAUUACUAAUUCAGUAUUUUUAUGAAGGUUUGCUACCAAUGGAAAGAAAGAUGAUGGAUGCUGCGAGCGGAGGAGUUAUAGUGAACAAGACGCCAACACAAGCGAGGACUUUGAUAGACACCAUGGCGGAAAACUCCAAGCAAUUUGGAGUACGAAGUGACAUUGGCCGGGGCGUUAGUGAGAAUUCAAGCAACCGGGCUCCCGACCCUUUCUCGAGCACAUACAACCCCGGUUGGAGGCAGCAUCCGAAUCUGAGCUAUGCCCCGAGACAAGGACAAGGUCAGCAAUUUCAGCAAAGAGGCUCAUUCCAGCCGCCUCAGCAGUUUCAACCUCAACAAUUUCAAGCACCACCGGGCUUUCAGCAACAACAUCAACCGAAGGCACCAUUUCAGCCGAAUACCCAACAUCAACAUCAAGUGUCACCUCAAGCUCCUAGUGGCUCAGGUACAUCGUUAGAGGAUGUAGUUAAGUCUAUGGCUGCUAACAUGGUGAAAUUUCAACAGGAAACUCAAACGAGCAUUCAGGACCUUCAUGCCACUGUUGAACAAUUAGUGAACAAGGGUAAGUUGCCAUCUCAAACGGAGACGAAUCCGAAGGCAAAUGUGAGUGUUGUCACUUUGAGAAGCGGAAAGGAGCUUCAAGAGGUUGGAAAGAAGAAGAAGGAAAAGGUUCACGAGGAAGAAGAGUUAGAGGUCAAGACAUCCACUUCGGGUGCAAAGGAUGUCAAAGAAGAGGCAAAGAAGAAGACACCCAAAGUGAUAGUCCAAGCACCGCCAUUCCCGAGCCGAUUCGAGAAGACAAAGCGGGAGAACGAAGAGAAAGAGAUUCUUGACACAUUUCGAAAAGUUCAGGUAAACAUCCCUUUAUUAGAUGCAAUUAAGCAAGUUCCUAGAUAUGCUAAAUUUUUUAAAGAACUUUGUACUAAUAAAAAGAAACUAAAGGGUAAUGAAAAGAUAAGCAUGAGUCAAAAUGUGUCCGCUGUUUUGCAAAAACAGUUACCACCAAAGUGUAAAGACCUGGGCAUGUUUACCAUGCCAUGUAAGGUAGGCAAUGUUUGGGUAAAUCAAGCCAUGUUGGACUUAGGGGCAUCAAUUAAUGUUAUGUCGUAUGCCAUCUACUCAUCUUUGGAUGUAGGGUCCCUUAAGCCAACUGGUGUGGUAAUCCAAUUAACGGAUAGGUCUAUUGUCUACCCUAAAGGGGUAUUAGAGGACGUGCUAGUUCAAGUGAAUGAACUGGUCUUUCCGGCAGAUUUUUAUGUUAUAGAUAUGGAGGAGAAAAAUGCCUCCAACGCCGGUAUGCUUUUGCUAGGUAGACCAUUUUUUAAAACCUCUAAGACUAAGGUAGACGUCCAUAGUGGUAGUUUGACCAUGGAAUUCGAUGGCAAGAUGAUUAAAUUUAAUAUAUAUGAUGCCUUGCGACAUCCGAGUGAUGUUUCAUCUUUAUGCUUUGUUGAUAUUGUCGAGUCUUUAUCUGACACUAUGACCAAGGCGUUCCAUGACUCUCGUUUUUCACAUUACAUCGCCGUCUCCUCCGUCUCCGUUGCCACCGUCGUCGCCCUUCGUCUCCUUUGCCACCGUCGCCGUCACCCUUCGUCUCCGUUGCCACCGUCGCCGUCGCCCUUCGUCUAUGUUGCCACCGUCGUCGCCCUUCGUCUCUGUUGCUCAUCGUCGUCGUCGCCCUUCAUCUCUGUUGCCACCGCCGUCGCCCUUCGUCUCUGUUGCCACCGCCGUCGCCCUUCGUCUCCGUCGCCUAUCGUCAACAGGUAA